GGAUCCCUAGUCGCAAGGAUCGAGUUAUGACAAAUAAUCUUUUGAGACCAUUGGAAAGAAAGGGGAUUUGUGAAUAGUUUAAACACUACUUGCUUCGAUUGCUACGAUAACGGCCUAUCUCCUUCGCUAUUCGACAUUCCUAUGUUACGCUGACUUUCGUGAACUCUUUCAAUCUACAUCCUUGUAAUCGAUCUCCAUAAAGACGUAUACUGUAUGCGGUAGAGUUUAAUAGUGAUUUUUUUUGUAUUCUUUCCUUAUACUACACUCCACGUGCGUAUCCUUCUUGUGUGUAUUUUGCGAGCGUAUGGAACGAUCAACAUAACUCUGCAAUAAUAUUAAAAUUUCAUUACGAUGAAGUUGAACGUAUCGUUUCCAGCCACAGGAUGUCAAAAAUUGUUCGAAAUUUCGGACGAACACAAGCUCCGAAUGUUUUAUGAAAAACGUAUGGGAGCAGAGGUAGAAGCCGACUCUCUUGGUGAUGAAUGGAAGGGAUACGUAGUACGUAUUGCUGGUGGAAAUGAUAAACAAGGUUUUCCUAUGAAGCAGGGUAUCUUGACCAAUGGUCGUGUACGAUUAUUGCUGUCAAAGGGACACUCCUGCUACAGACCCAGGCGUGACGGAGAAAGAAAACGUAAAUCUGUACGUGGUUGCAUUGUCGAUGCAAAUUUGUCAGUGCUUGCAUUGGUAAUUGUGAAGAAGGGAGAACAGGAAAUUCCUGGACUUACUGAUACACAAGUUCCACGUCGCUUAGGACCAAAGAGAGCUAGUAAAAUUCGUAAGCUCUUUAAUCUUACAAAAGAAGACGAUGUACGCCAAUUCGUCGUCAAAAGACCCAUCCAGAAAGAAGGCAAGAAGGAGCGUCUUAAGGCUCCUAAAAUUCAACGUCUGAUUACGCCUUUGACAUUACAGAGAAGGAGACAUAGGCGUGCAUUGAAAAAGAGGCGUUGCUUGAUACGUAAGGAGCAAGCAGCUGAUUAUGCUAAGCUCUUGGCUCAAAGGCAAAAGGAAGCCAAGAAUAGACGUAAAGAAGAAAUAAAACGAAGACGCAGUGCUUCAAUCCGUGAUUCCAAAUCAUCUAAUCCAUCUACUACAACUGCAGUUCAGAAGUAAAAGAAGUUCUAAUGUAUUGUAUCAAGUAUUCUUAAUAGUGUAUUAAUAUUAUGAUUAAGUAGAAUUUGAUAUCUUUAAAAUAUAUUAUUAUUUCCAAAUGUCGUUAUGAUUUUUGAUUUUAACACUUGGCAUAUGGGUUACUUUUCAUUGUCAAGUUACGCGUUCAGCGGGCGUCUUUUCGUGAAUCGCGUGAGAGUUUGGUCAUUCAAUAAAAUCGCAGUAAAUCAAAAACUA